GACAAGUACUUGUCAUUUUGCUUCCAUGCGCGACCAUGAGCGACAUGUCAGCGGAAGAGAUGCGGGGCAUCGCCAAAGAGGCGCUGAUUUAUGGAUGGCCGCUGUGUGAGAACUACAAUGUGCUCUAUGCCUACUGUCUUGACAAGACACACAAGGACUACAAGGCGCCCUUCAAUGAGAUCUUCAAUGUGGCCCAAGUCUUCACACCGGAGGACACAGCGGUCAUCACCCCCAACAGCGAUACACCUUACAGCACCGUGGCUUUUGGUUGGCUUUGGAUGGACCUCCGCGCCGAGCCGGUGGUCGUCACCCUGCCAGCCGUGGAGGAGGAUCGCUACUAUUCCGUCCAGCUCGUGGACCUUUACACGCACAAUUUUGCCUACCUGGGAACGCGCUGCACUGGAAACCGAGGUGGCAGCUUCAUGAUCACCGGCCCGGGCUGGACGGACGGCGGCUACAGCGGAGCCUCUGCGCCGCUGAAAGUGGAUCGGAGCAUCGCGUGCGAGACGCCCUUUGCGCUGGCGGUGGUGCGGACACAGCUGAAGGGCCCUGAUGACCUGGAUCGGGUGAAGGAGAUUCAGAAGGGCUACAAGGCCAAGCCGGCCUACCGGCCGAUCGAACGAACGUUCGAGAUUCUCGACUUCCUUUUGAGUCUCUUGCCGUUGCAUGGCAGUGAGAUGGUGCUCCGGCAACGCCUCCUGAAGCUGGGCUUGGGCACCGGAAGCUUCCAGCUGAAGACCAGCUCGCCCGAGUUGCAGAGCGCGCUGGAGCUGGGGAUGAAGGAUGGAUGGGCUGAGUACGAGGAGGUCAUCGAGAAGGGCUUCGCACAGGGCCGGAUGACCAGCGGGGACCUCUUUGGCACCCGGGAGUUCUUGAAGAAUGAGUACAUCCGACGCUUUGGAGGUGCGAAGCUGGGGAUCUACGGGAACUCCAGGGAGGAGGCCAUGUAUCCACUCUACAAGACCUUAGAUGGGGAGGUGCUGGACGCUUCCAAGUGCUCAUACCAAAUGGUUCUGAGCAAAGAAGAUCAACAGAUCGCAAAGUCGUUCUGGUCCUUGACCAUGUAUGAUGGCAAGACACAGCUGCUGUCGGAGAACCCACUGAAGCGUUACUUGUUGAACAGCCCCAUGCUCUCGUCGAUGAAGACCGCGGAGGACCGCAAUCAUCGGCGGGAUGAGACGGAGACAUCGGACGGCUCGGUGACCUUGCACAUCAGCGCCCAGUCGCCGGGGCCCGGUGAAGAGAGCAACUGGCUGCCAGCGCCCAAGGGACCCUUCUACUUGGUUUUGCGGCUCUACCUCCCCAAGGCGCCUGGCGCGACGAAGGUUCGCGCGCGAAGGCGGGUCCCCCCUUCGGCCCAGCUCGCUUCGCGGUUUCGGACCAUAGACUCAGACUAUGUCCGUUGA